AUGUCUAAAGAAGAAAUGAGGAAAAAAAAUCUUGUAGAGAAAGUUACUUGUGAGCGAAAUGCUCUUGCAGUUAGUAAAUGUCCAUACAUCGUCCAUCUGUACUACUGUUUGCAAACCACCAGUCACAUAUAUUUGGUUAUGGAAUACCUCGUCGGUGGUGACCUUAAGUCACUUUUGCUGGUUAUGGGCUGUCUUCAAGAAUCUCACGCUGCUGUCUAUACUGUUGAAAUUGCAAUAGCCUUGGAAUAUCUUCAUACACAUGGAAUAAUCCACCGUGAUCUUAAACCGGAUAAUAUACUUAUUGACUCCAAAGGACAUUUAAAGCUGACGGAUUUUGGGUUGUCUACUAUAGCAUGGAAGCGUCCCUUGCAGCCAAGUGACGUUUUGAAUACACCAUCUGUCGUUCCGUUACCUUUUCAAUACUACCGAACUCCUGGCCAACUUAUCUCGCUGACAACUGAACUGGCUUUCACAGAUACACCUAUCCUACAUAAAACUCAUGAGGUUCUGGAGGAACGCUUAUUGACUUCGCGCGAUGACGAUGCCAAAACGUGUUUCUCCCCCCAGUGUUUAUCUUCAGCAAAAAAUUACUUUACUAAUUGUGAUGUUUCAAAUUCAUUGCAUAAAUCCUCUUCAGAACCUUGUUUUGGGUCUGUAGCAUUUUUCGAUGGACAACAUAUCUGUGAUUUACAACGAUUCAGAAGUUUUAGUGAUUUUGGUAAUAAAUCAUGGAAAUCUCACUUUCGUCAACAUUUGAUUCAUUGGUCGCCAAUAUCCAGAAAAUCGCAUGCCAGGUGUUCUCAAAAUUUUGAAACAUCGGAAAUCCAUUCAGAUGAGCUACAGAUGUCUUACUCCAGUCGAGUUAAUUCUCUUAGAACUGGCUAUAAAUUAUGUCACCGUCAACGUCAUAACUACGAUCCACUUCCGAAAAAUGGACCAACUUCUGACUUAUCUGCUACUCAUAGUUUAGCAAUUGACAAAUCAAAAACAUCAGUAAUUUUGAAGCCAUCAUAUCACAAUCAGGAAUGUCAGAAUGUGGAAAAAAUGCUUAGAAAUACAGCUUCGUGUUUGGAAAUUUCUUCUUUAAAUAGAGAUAUUCAGGAUUUGGUUUUGAACUCCUCUCCAUGUAAUCUGACUGAUAGAAAUGAUUUAAAGCGAAAUACUUCGACGGAAAAUAUAUUGUCUCCAGUUGAAAAAGCCAGAUUGAGCCUGUUCCGUCAUUCACCGUUAUCCCACUGUUUAGGUACAAGUGGCGAUUAUUUAUUAAAUGAUAUUGAUCUCUCGAAUCCAUCUAUGGAUGACUGUAUAACUUCUCCAGUGUUACUUAAUACACCUUUAAAAUUUCCUCAUCAUUCUCCUGCUUCUAUAGUUAAAAAAAAUAGCAAACAUUUAACUCGGAAUUUCCACCCAAUCGAAUCAGAAAGUAAUCUUCCUGCUCAAACAUUGCUUUAUUCUAGUCCUUUAUGUUCCAUGCAUAUAAAUUCAACUUGUAAACGUCAGCGGUUCGACAAGAAACUGAUCACUUCGUUGAAUAGUACACCAGCAAUUAAUCCACUUCAAGUUACUACAGAAUCACUUGAAAAUAUAUCAAAUCUAGAGAGCUUAUCUAGUCACUUGUUAGGUACUCCGGAAUAUUUGGCACCAGAAUUAUUACUUCAUCCUAAUUCUAAAAGUGCAUGCGAUAGUCCAGCUGUCGAUUGGUGGGCUUUAGGUGUUAUAUUAUUUGAAAUGUUAGUUGGUGUAACUCCAUUUGCAGAUGAAACUGUAGAAAAUGUGUUUCACAAUAUUCUAAGUUUAGAUAUACACUGGCCUGUUGCUACUACAUGUGGAUCAUCUUUUAACAUAAAUGAAUCACUACAAAAAAACUGUGAACUUUCACAAGCAGCUGUAAACUUAAUUAGUGGCCUCUUAUCCUAUAAUCAAACAGACAGACUUCAAGUUGCAAGUCAAAUAAAGUCAAGUGAUUUGUUAAUACCUGUUGGUGAUUGGAAUAAUUUACAUGAUUUAGAAAUGCCUUUCAUUCCUGAUCCUGAUAAUUCAACAGAUACAUUUUAUUUUGAUAUUCGUAAUCGGUACAAUCAAUAUAGCGAAGAGGAUCUCUGUGCAAAUGUGAAAUGA